AUGGCUGGAGAUCCAUUCUUGUCAGAUCCACUGCGGAAAAGAAAACGUUCUACCAAACUUACCAGUCGAGUGAAUAAGUCCAGUCGAAAUUCUACACCUAGUAACAAUAAUAGAUACCCAGAAAAUGAUGAGGAAAUCAGUGGAGAUAGCGACACUGAUGAGGAAAUAAAUGAGCAAGUUGAUGAGGAGAUUGAUGACGAUGUUAUGUCAUCUGAUGAAGAGUUUGCUGACGAAAAUGCCACAGAAAAAAGAAGAAGAUUGGCCAAACAAUAUUUGGAAAACUUGAAAAAUGAUGAAGGUCAGGACCAGGACUUCGAUGCCCAAGACCUAGACGACGAUAUUGUUUCACGUAGAUUGCAGGUAGAUGUGGCCGAAAGCAAAGGUUAUGUUUACAAAUUCGUAGGCAACAAGAUUCUGUCUCAGAUCGACGACAACAUCCAGAUCAUCACCACGAGAAUAGGUCUGAAGAACUUGACCAGUUUGGCUGUACGUUAUCCAAGCUUGUAUACUGUCUCCAAAGAUUCUGAGUUGAUCAAGUGGGACAUCUCUGUGGAGAACAAAAAGCCCGUGAGAAUAAGACACGUGAAAGGAGGACACAAAUACUUCAACGUGAAUACAUCAAAUGUCAGUCUCAAUCACCACUGGGACCAGAUCAACUGUGUGGCGGCUUCUUCAGAUGGCAAGUAUGUAGUAACUGGAGGCAACGAUGCUCGUUUGAUCAUUUGGUCCUCUGAGAACUUGGCAUGUUUAAAAGUUUUGGAAACUAGAGUCGCUGUCAACUCCAUCACUUUCCGUAGAAACUCGGACCAGUUGUAUGCUGCCUGUGCAGAUUUAAAAAUCAGAACAUACUCCAUCAACCAGUUUACUCAGCUAGAAGUUCUCUAUGGGCAUCAAGACAACAUUUCCGAUAUUUCAGCCUUGGCUAGAGAAACUUGUGUAUCUGUAGGGUCUCGUGACAAGACGGCGAUGUUCUGGAAAAUCGCUGAGGAGUCCCGUCUCACAUUCAGAGCUGGAGAUUCACUGGAUAAGAAGAAGAAAAGGGCUAAAAAGACGGAAGAACCAGUUGAACCUGUAGAAGAGGCGGCUUUCCAUAAUGAAGGAUCUGUGGAGGUAGUGUCGAUGGCUGAUGAGUCUCACUUUGUCACAGGAUCAGAUAAUGGGAAUGUUGCUUUAUGGUCUUUAGCCAAAAAGAAAGCAUUAUUUACUCAGCGAUUGGCUCAUGGCUUACAGCCCCAAUUCUUACCCUCUGAAGCUUCUGCUGAAACAUCUGUAGAAGUGGCUAGUCGUCAAGUACCAGAACGACUUCCCUACUGGAUCACAGCAGUUCACAGUGUACCAUAUAGUGAUGUUUUUUUUACAGGCUCUUUCGACGGAACUGUAAGAGCAUGGAAGCUCGACAACGACCGGUUGAAUUCGUUCCAAUUGCUUGGUGAAAUUGCCAACGUCAAUGGAUGUGUGGUGAAAAUUGAUUCAGCCGAGAUUCCUGAACUCAAGAAAUUGGCUGUGUAUGUUCUUGUCUCUAAAGAACACAAGUUUGGAAGAUGGUUGGGCAAGCUCAAGGGAGGCAGAAAUGCUUUGCUCAGCUUCACUUUUGAUAUCUAA